GACAGAAACAAAUAAAGUCAGGAAACAAUAUCAGACUGAGUGUUUGUAAUUAUAGCCCCACUUUUAGUGAAGCUGUGUUCAUUUGAAGAACAGAGUCCAGUGGUUCUGUUGUAGCUGUUACUGGACAUGAGGCAGGUCACACUGUGAACAUGUCACCAGUCUGUAACAGUGUGGACAUAUGAGCUGUAUCAUUACCAGAACAUGGUAGGAAUAAUUAACUCAGAAUUUUCAUAUUCAAAUACUGACAUUCAGGAAGAUGAACGAGAACAAGCAUGUUAAAGAAUGAACAAUGUUUUACUUUGUUGAGUCAACGUGAGAAGAACAAGGAGAAACAUCAGAGUGUGAGGCAGAGAAAAGAUGCAGCGGACUUUGUUUCUAGUCAUUCUGAUGGGUCAGUGCUCCUUUUCCACAUGUUCCCUGUAUCAGUACCACUUUAUUAGAGAGAACAAGACCUGGUAUGAAGCUCAGACGUACUGUAGAGAGACAUAUACAGACCUGGCCACAGUGUCUGACAUGACAGACAUGAGGAGACUCUGUAGCUCUACACAGAAUCAGGAUGAAGCCUGGAUUGGUCUGCACAGCUACCCAGGAAGAGAGAACAGGAAGUGGCACUGGUCUCUGCCAGGACUGGAGUUUAAUGACAGUGAUACUAGAUGGCAGAGUGGAGAACCCAAUGAUUACAAUGGAAUGGAGAACUGUGUGACGAAGAUUCAGUUGUGGUUUGAUACUACUUGUUCUUUUAGAUGUGCAUUUCUCUGCUACAAUGGCACAAAACAAUCCAACACCACAUUUCAUUAUAUUACAACACCAAUGACUUGGCCAGAGGCCCAGAAUCACUGCAGACAUCAUUACACAGACCUGGUCAGUGGACUGGACCAGUUGAAUGAUCCAACCGUGGCAUCUUACAGCUCUGUGUGGAUCGGUCUGUUCAGAGACACCUGGAGGUGGUCAGAUGGGAGUAACUCCUCCUUGAGAAACUGGAAAAGUCUUGGAGAUUUGGUUGAUGGACAAAGUAACAAGACAUGUGCUACUGUGUUAAACACAGCAGGAACAUGGAGCUACGACUAUUGUGAUGAAAAAAAACCCUUCUACUGCUACGAAGAAGCAGCUCCAAGGAAGAAAUUCGUGGUGAGAAUGAAACUGGCUGCUGACCCCUCUGUGAACAUGACAGACCCUGCUGUGACUGAGUCCAUGUUGAAACAGAUGGAAGCAGCGUUUAGAGAUAAAGGUUUAUCUGUGAAACUGCGCUGGAGGAAGCUCCCUGACAAACUAAACACCACCAAAGAAGAACCUGAACAGGGCUGUGCUCCAUAAAACACAUGAAUCAAACCUGUAGAAAAGAAGCUUUUCAGUCAGGUUUAUUGUUGUAACCAGUGAUUUUGUCUUGAGCAUUAAUAGAUGCUUUAGAUUAACGUCUCCUGAUCUUCACAUCUGACUCAACCUGAUCUCUGGGUUUCUGAUUUCUAUUUCAUGUUUAUUAAACCUCUGCUACAUUUAUUGAAUGGGAUUCUGAAAAAUUAAAGAGACUAGAGAAUAGUUUUUCUCUCAGCUCGAUCCACAGAUUGCUUAUUCUUCCUCCUUUUAUCCUCUAUUUAAAGUUUUAGUUCAGAUCAAGUGAUGUUAAUACAGAUGUAUUGCGUGAAAUAUGUUGUUUAAUGAUUAUCAUUGGACCAAUUUAUUGAUGUUUUGAACCCGUUUAAUGAUAUUAUUUUUAACACAUUAAUUUACUUCUGCUGUCUCUAAUAAAAAUACAAAACAUCUCUUAUUGCACCUAAGUACACUAC